AUGCACAAUCUCUCCUAUCAACAAGUCGCGCCAGAAAGCACGCCAGACUCGCCGAGCCAGCACAAGCUCCAGACUUGCAAUCAGCUGCAUUUCCAUCUUCCUCCAUACCUUUCUUACACACAAGCUUUGCUAUAUAUAUAUACUUGCCCACCCCCCAUUCCUAUCCGCUUCACGAUGCCUUCCGCUCAAGCUUCCGCGCCUUUUGUGCACGCCCCUCAGAGGACCAACCUGCGAGUUCCCUCGUCGCUAGACCUCUUCUCGGGCAUCAAUGCAUCUCUGUCGUCCACCAACCCCAACCGACCUGCCACGCCCAACCACCAAAUCUAUGAGAACGACUACACCGUUCCCGCGCCGCCUCCUCCCAGUCCUGUCAGCUUUCGACCGGACUGCUGGCCCAAGCCUGCUCGCUCAUAG